CUUUCUCCCUCUUUAUGCCACGUCGCCCUCCAUUUUGAAAGCCGUAUUGAUGCCCGAAAUCAAGACUUUUAUUUAGUCUUGAAAUACUCUACGUUUCUGAAAUGAGUCCGUUAUCAAUCUUCUUAGUUCUACCUUUUGUUUCGUUGGAAUAUUUUGCCUUAGUAAGCUCUAUUUCGUUCACUUUGCCGCCCGGACAAGAGAAGUGUCUGAGAGAGGAAGUACACAAAGAUGUCUUAGUGACCGGUGAAUAUAAGUUAUCGGACGCUCCAAACAUGAAAACGCACUUGACGGUGAGUGAUUCAACUGGACAUGUCUUAUACAAGAGAGAAGAUGCAAGCAAGGGGAAAUUUGCUUUUACAACGGACGACUACGAUAUGUAUAAAGUUUGCCUAGAAAGUGAAGGGACAGCCGGAGGAGGAAUUGAUCGUGAGGUUUUCUUGAGUGUGAAGCAUGGAGUAGAAGCAAAGAAUUAUGAAGAUUUGGCAAAGGCUGAAAAGCUCAAGCCCAUGGAAGUGGAACUCAAGAGGCUGGAAGAUUUAGGUGAUGCUAUUGUAAAUGAUUUUGCUUACAUGAGGCAAAGGGAACAAGAGAUGAGAGAUACCAAUGAAUCUACUUAUUCUAGAGUGUUAUACUUCAGUAUUUUCUCCAUUUUGUGUCUCUUUGGUCUAGCAACAUGGCAACUUUUCUACUUGCGACGAUUCUUUAUUGCCAAGAAGCUUAUAGAGUAACUUUUUAAAGGAUUUUAACAAUUGAUACCACUUCCAAGUUUACUUCUGUGCAAGAUCCUAAUAUUGUGUGCCAUCUUGAAAAUCCAACUCGUUGUCUGGAAAGGAACAGUUUUUCAGGGGUUGUUUCUUGUUAAUCCCUUUUUAUACUUCACUAACUUGAGUAAAAAGUACUGUUUCAAAGUGUGUUAUAUGUUUGAAGAUCUCUACAACUACUACUAUGGAGCCAGUACCAUUUGAACUUAAAUAUUCAUGAUGGUUGCACAUUUUGGUUUUGAUCUGUGUGUGGUUUUGCAAUUAGAAGGAGGUGAAAUAGAUGGCUUAUUUACUCGUUGAUUUGAUUUAAGGCAGUGAUGGCCUACACCAGUAGGCGUUAAAAACAGCAAUAACCUGUCAUUAAUGAUUAACCAUGAUAGUAAAUUUUGAGAAUAAACCAUUUAUAUGUGGCUAAUUGCUUCAAA